AAGAAGAUGCAGACUACAUCAAAGCCUGAACUUUCAUGACAAAUUAUGAUGAUCACAAGCUUACAGAAAAACCCAGAGGACCUUUUACUGAGAUGAAAGCAUCAGGCUUCACUGAUAAAAUACCACUCUCUGUAAAUGUCAGAGCUUUCUGAUAUGUAAAAACAUGUUCAGUGUCUAGACUUUAUACUGUAUUUACUUGUUUUUUAAGUGUGGCACCGCUCUGGUAAGUCACGUUAUUUUAUAAAUGAGAAUUUAAAUAGUUCAACGUGUCAAUAAAUAUAGAUUACACAGUGUGACGAGAGGAGAGAGAGAGAGAGAUACAUUUAAGCCCUUUUCAACACAACUGACUCCCUUUGCUUCUCAGCUAGAGCUGGAACAGCAGCGCCACCCCAAGGCCGAAAAAAUACAGACAGUGUGAAGAGAUACGAGUAGAUGACCAGGCACCACUUCUCUGUAGAUCAGACUAAAGGGUGGGAGACAGAGGACCUGGGUUGUAAAGCAAAAUGAAGCUGAAAUGGAGAAGAGGGUCUUUAAGUAGAAAGAGAAAGAUAGCAUUUCCACAUGUGAGGAAAUAAAUAGUAUAAAAAAGACAGAUUUUAAUAUAAUAAUCAAUAUAUAUUAUAUUUAUAAAAAGAGAAUCUUGCAAAAUGUUUCCUAAACUGCUCAGAUAAUAAUAAAGUGACGCAAUGCACUGCUGUCAACAUGCACCACAUUUCUAUAUACAAGCAUGUAGAACCACAACUUCUUACCUUAAUUUUCAAAUCCCAAGCAGAACACAACUUUCAUCAUCACGUAUGGUGAUUGAGGAAGUGGAAACCUUUACAGCAUAUGUGAUAUCAACACACCCACAAACAAAACGAGACCAGCUCUGAAAUGUUCAUAAUGAUCCUCUGGUUCGAUAAAAGCAGGAAGUUAACAGAAAAGCUUCGCACCGAGUCGGCUGUCAACUAUUGUUUUUACCUGCAUCUGUGAAUGGUUCAUUUGAGGGAUUGUCGCUGUUGUUGAAUGAUCUCGUCAGAGCUGCUGUCAGCGAUCAAAUGGAGGAUUCACCGUACACUUUUCGACCGGAUAACGCUUCCCUCUCCUCCUCUGUUCUCUCGCUCUGCCCCACCGCCGCCACGCUCUUCUUCCUCCCCUCCGUCUACACACUCCUCUUCCUCACCGCUCUCCCGGGCAACGCGCUGUCUUUGUGGGUGUUCCUGCGGCGCAUCGCCACCGUCUCCCCCAUCCACGUUUAUCUGUCCCACCUGAGCAUCUCCAACCUGUUGCUGUCCCUCACCGCGCCCUUCCUCGCAGCCUACUACGCCCGGGGAUCGGUCUGGACCCAGAGUUACGUCCCGUGUCAGAUGGUCCUGCACGGCGUCACCCCGGUGCUCCACAUCAACAUCUACAUAAGCAUCAUAAUCCUCACUUGGGUGGCCCUCAGCCGCUUCGCGGCCCUCAUCCAGCACACCCACGCCUCCAGGCCCAGCGGCUGCACGAAGCUGCUGCCGCACAGCUUCUUCACCCGCCUCACGACGACCUCCUUCGCCAGGAGGGUGUGUGCCGCAGUGUGGGUGGUGGCGGUAGGGGGCAUUGUGCCGGUGACGGUUUACUACUCUGUGAACGAAGCUGUGAGCGCCAACGCUGUUUCGAAAGAUGGAAGUGUGGCGGUGUGCUACAACUCUGCGGUGGAGAUAGGAGGCAGUCUGUCUAUGGCUUUCAACGUUCCCGUUAUAACGCUGUUCUUUGUGUUUUACCUGCUGGUGCUGCUGUGCUACAUGACGGUGUUGAGGCAUAUCAGACGCUCUCGUCACAACACGAGCGUCACCAACUCCCAGAGCCUGCUGGGUAGGGUGCUCCGAAACAUCGUGGUCAUCCAGGUUGUUCUCUCAGUCUGUCUGCUGCCGUACCAUAUCUUCAAACCCAUCUUCAUUUCUCUGGCUUGUGAUACACAGAGCCCCAACAACAACAACAACAACUGUCAUCCACUCUCCACCUUCGUCGAGGUGAAGAACUGCCUGCUGCUUCUGGCUGCAUUGAGAGGUUCAACUGACCCUUUGAUGUACUUCCUGUUAGACAAGACCUUCCGUCAUCAAACCCGCAGACUUUUGAGGUGCAACCAGAACAACCCCGGAAGCAGAGAGAUGUGUUCGGUUUCGGGAAGGGACAAUCUGAAUGCUGGAAAGUUGGAGGAUGGAAAUGUGGUCAUGGCUACUGUGGAUUCAAGUCAAGGAAGUAUUUUGUAGCCGGCAAGUUUUUUCUU